CGACAGCGACAGACAUCAAACCAAAACAUUCGUUCGUUCAUGUAAAUGAAAUGUCUAUGUCUACAUUUUUAUUUUGUUGGGCUACGUACAAAACUACGAAUUCAAUAAAUUGAUUGAACCAUGCUUUAUGCUAAAUCAAAAUUAAUUAAAUAUAUGAAAUGUGUGUGAUUUGUGAUUUAUCAAUAUGAAUAGUGCAAGAUCCGGAAAAAUCUUAGAAGCAAGGUAACGAUCAACAUCUAACGGCCUAACUAUUCUGCUAGCUGUCUUGAUAUUGAACGAAGAGUAAACAAUGAAAACAUGUGAUUUGUUUAAUUUUUAAAGAUAUUUCAAUUAAUUAUGGUCGUUACGACUAAUACGGACGGUGCAAUGAGCACUUCCGACGCUGGUGAGAAGACCUACCCUGCCGCAAACUGUUACUGCAAAGACUUUAUCCGCGGUUGUUGCACUCGAGAAAACUGUAGAUUCAUACAUGUAAUACCUCCGAAGUCAUGUCUAAAGGAGCUAUUUCGAUUUUGCCAUGAUUUUCAAAACAAAGGAUGUUAUAGACAAAACUGCAAAUUUAUACACAGCACAGUAGAAGAAGAAGAUAGUUUUUAUGCUACAGGCAAGUUUCCCCAUAGUACGCGAAAUGCGCCUGUAUGCCAAGCUUACGCAGUGAAUGCUUGCAACAAUCAAGAUUGUCAAUAUUUGCAUCCACCUGAUGUGAGUGGACCUGAAAUUGUGCCCAUACAUAAUGUACCCCCACCACACCAAUUCACCCACCCACCGCCACCACUGAAAGACGAAGAUUCUCCUCCAGAAGCAAAAUUAAGAAGAUUUACUUAUGAAGAAAACGGUAUUGAAAAUCAAGUUUUAUCAACACAGAAUAUGUGCUCAAAUUGUGAAUCAUUAGACCACAAAAUAAAGUUGCUCCAUGACAAUAUUAGUGUGCUAUUGAAAAAAAUUGCAGAUUUAACAGAAAAGAAUGUGCAAUUAACCUCUAUGAAUGAAUUUUUAUUGGAACAGGCAGCCACAAUGAGAACUGGUCAGCCCUGUGUGAUAACUUCAAGACAUGGCACUUCAGCACCUGUAUCCCUGGCAACUGUUAGUGUGACUCCAGUAGUGAGCCUGGCAGGGGCUCUACCUACACUAGUACCGGCUGCAGCUACUCCUAAUUUGGCUUUGGCUCCUGCAGCUUCUCGAGCACAAUUAUUAACUCCUGCUCCACAAAUUUUGACAGUGAGCACUACUCAACAGUUAAUGGGGAAUUCUGGUGCUCUCAUAGUCACCAGUGCUGGUGCUCAACAAUUGAUGCAUGUUAGUGACUCUGGUACACUCAUGGGUGGAGGACAAACUGUUGUAGCAGUACCGGCCCAGUUGACUUUGGCACAACCUGCACAACAACUCAUGAGCAAUGCUUCACAAACUGCUGUUCAACAACUCGUCCAGCAAUCAGCUUUACAACCACAACUAGGUCCUCAGCACCAAGCCACCCAGUAUGCAACUCAGCAAUCAGUACAACACUUGGCUGCAGCUCAGCAGUCUGCCCAGCACCUUGCACAACAGUCGGCUCAACAUUUAGCUGCUCAACAAUCUGCUCAGCAUUUAGCAGCCCAACAGUCAGCUCAGCAUUUGGCAGCCCAACAGUCUGCACAACAUAUGGCAGCACAACAGUCUGCACAACAUCUGGCUGCCCAGCAAUCUGCACAGCAUUUAGCAGUUCAACAAUCAGCGCAACAUUUGGCUGCACAGCAGUCUGCACAGCAUUUGGCUGCACAGCAGUCAGCACAGCACUUGGCUGCACAACAGUCAGCUCAGCAUUUAGCUGCUCAGCAGUCGGCGCAGCAUUUGGCUGCUGCAGCGCAGCAAUCGGCGCAGCAGCUCGCUGCAGCUGCCCAGCAGUCGGCACAGCAGAUGGUGGCGCAGCAAUCGGCGCAGCAGCUGGCGGCCCAGCAAUCCGCACAGCAACAGUUGGUGCCCUCUGCUCAACAGUUGGUCCAUCAAACAUCUACUCAGCAAAUUACAAUCUCCAGCACUAGUCAGCCCAUGGCAUUAAGUAAUUCUCAAGCGCAGCCUAUUACAUUCCCUAUGAUAUCCCAAAGUAUACUACCACAUUAAGGAAUGAUCAAUAAUUUUAUAGUUAUUGUUAAUCAAUCAUUCAUUAUGGUAGGUCAAUGUGGUGAUGCAAAGCCUCAGAGCAAGUACUUGCUCAUAGCAGUAUGAUUCUAUGCAAGUAAUGUAUUGAAUGCAAGAAUUUAAACAAUAUGUGAAAGAGUCUUCAAAAUAAUGUUGCUUAUCAAGAAUUUGUUGUGCUUGUAAACAUUUAAGAAAGCAGUAUUUUUAUGAUAUUAUUAUAGUAGGAACCUAGGUAGAAAACUGUGCACACCUAAAAUAGUGAAUUGUUUAUGUUUAAAGGCACUGAGGAAAGUUUGUCCAAGUGAGUUUGGGCUGAUAUUUCUUCAUGAUCUGUGUCUUACAGGGAACAUACUACUUUAAUUUUUUACUAGAUUCACUCACAAACUGCAGGUGUAAUAGUGUUCUAAUUGUUUUUAAUUUAUAGCUUGUAAUUAUUAAAUUGAACAACUUUUGUGUCUGUCUAUGACAAUGGACUUAUAUUGUUAUUUUUUUAAUUGGUGUGUUGCUUUGUAUACGAUAAAUAGUUAGUAAUUGUUUGUUUCCAUUUAAUAUAUCAAUUUGUUUUAAUACCUAGACUGAAUAAAGCAAUCAAAUGGUAUCAUUAUUACAUUAAAAGUGUAUACCAGUACCAACUUACCGAUAUUGCUGAUUGGCUUUAGAUGACUAAGAUAUUAGGCAUGUACCUAUCCAUGUAAUUUAUUUUUAAUAUUAAAAUUUAAAUACUUUAAAA